AAAAAUCUGUUCUUUGUUGCACUGACUGUAAUUACAGUGUUAAUACUGACAAGAGAAGAGGAACGGUAUUUCCAUUCCUCUGUAUGUCUGUACAUAUGGUGGUACUGACAAUAAAGAACCUUGAACCAUGAAUAAUGGUAUUUUGCCAGGUUUUGCAGUGCACCACUCACCACUGUCCUGGGGUGGGAUGUAAACUCCGGGCAGGAUGAAUGAGGAAAAUUCCUGCAGUGAAUAGAAAGGCUUACAGUUUGUGAAGAAUGUUUUUGAAUCUAUUCAGCACGGUGACAUCUGUACACCUCCUUCAUUUAUGUAGAAGCAUUUUAUUUUAUUUUCCCUCCAUAUUUACACUGAUAUGCUGAUAAAUUUUCUCGAAAUGAAUUUAAAGUCACACACGAAUCCAGGAGAUUUGGCAGUAGAACUCUGAUAAGAAACGCUCAUCUUGUUGUUCGUACUGUGUUCAUGACAGCCGUAACUGAACCUGAACCUGAACUUCACUGGAGGUUAAUGUUUAAAAAUUUCAGACCUUUGAGAUCAUCAAGUCUCACUCUGGCCAUUAAAAGUCAGAUAAGUGUGCAUCAUUCACUCCUCUCCUGCUCUGUUUCGUUCAGUCCGAUUCCAGAAAGUUCACUCGGAUUAGUCUGCUCUACAGACGGAGAGAAGUUCGAUUUCUGGAUCCGGAGAUUUGGACUCAGUCAGAUCGGACUGGACGAGAUGAGGAUACACUCUUUCAAUGUGACAUUUCCAUCAAAACCAGACUCCUCUCCGAGUAUUUCCAGUGAAGAUUCCAGCCCCGGAUUUGAACUCAGCAAUGAUACGGACACUCAGAGUCUCCGCCAAGACCAAAGAACGUCAGAAGGUCAUUCUGUUACACUGGAAUAGUGAGACUUCACCACAGAGCUGCUGAGUCCUGCUCUCUGAUUGGUGGAUCAGAACACCGCUUCUCAUGCUCCAAACCGCACAACGACAUGACCGCUGCAUUAUUAAACCUGGAGUGUAAGAUAUGUGGAGAUCGAGCCUCGGGGUAUCACUACGGUGUGUACGCGUGUGAAGGAUGUAAGGUAACUAACACAAUUAAAGAAACAGUCUGGAGAAAAUCGGGUUUCUUCCGGAGAACCGUGCGAUUAAACCUGAGGUAUAAAGUCUGCAGCCAGAAGUGUCCAGUCCACAAAAAGAGCAGGAACAAGUGUCAGUUCUGCCGGUUUAAGAAGUGUGUUCUGGCAGGAAUGUCUCACACCGCAAUCCGGUUCGGGAGAACGCCUCUCGCCGAGCGGGAGAAGAUGUUCAUGGAGUUCCACGUGCUCGUACGUCAGCUGGAACCCAAGUCAGAAAAACAACAAGCGCUGACCAGGAGUUUAUACGAUUCCUACCUUGAAAACUUCCCGAUGACGAGGAGCAAAGCCAAAUCCAUUUUAUCGGGAAAAGACGGAGAUCUGUUCGUGAUCCAUGACAUGAAGUCUCUGAUGGCCGGAGAGGAGUUCCUGAAGCGGAAGCUGUCGUCCGUGUCCACUCUGUUCCCUGCCGCCGAGCUGGAGCUGUCCAUGUUCCGCCGGGUGCAGUACGGCUUGGCCGAGGCUGUGCGCAGACUCACGCAGUUCGCUAAGAGCGUCCCGGGCUUCAGAGACCUGGAGCUGAGUGAUCAGAUAACCAUGCUGAAGUACAGCGCCCUCGAGGUGAACAUCAUCCACCUGAGUCACCUCACCAACAAGGACGGCGUGCUGAUGGCCGAGGGAAGCGUCUUCAUGACCCGAGAGUUCAUCAAGAGCCUCCGCAAACCCUUCUGUGACAUGAUAGAGAUCAAGUUUGACUUCCUGGCUAAGUUUAGAGCACUCGAGCUGGAGGACUGCGACCUGGCACUCUUCAUCGCUGCGGUCAUCCUGUGUGGCGAUCGGCCGGGUCUGGUGAACCCCAAAGCCAUCGAGGAGCUCCAAGACGAGGUUCUUCAGGCUCUGGAGCUCCAGCUGAAGGUUCAACAUCCCGAGUCUCCUCGCCUCUUCGCUAAACUGCUGCAGAAGAUGACGGACCUGCGCCCGCUGGUGGCCGAACAUGUACGCAGCAUCCACCUGCUGAAGAAGAGCGAGAUGGACCUGUGUCUUCACCCACUCUUACUGGAGAUCAUGCAGGACCUCCACUAG